GAAUAUCAUUCUUCCAUGAAAAAUGACUCAGAAUCCACUGAUACCAAUCAUCAAGUGCUUAUUCAACUGCGCCGGGCUCAACAUCAGCAUACAGUUUAUGCGUCUGCGCCGGGCUCAACAUCAGCAUACAGUUUAUGCGUCAGCCGUCAGAUCCGUACAAUCUACUUUUAUUUCAUGAGCCUGCUGCUCCAUCCCACUUCUGUUCCCAUGAUUGCUUUCCAUCUUCCUGCUCGCCUCGCCAAAUCCUUCACCUCCCUUUCAUCCUCCUCUGCCGCCGCCGCAGCCGCAGCCGUAGCCGUCACCUUAGAAGAGAUCACCGCCAACCGCAAAGGUUUGGCAAAAGUUGUCCUGAAGAAAGGAAAAGCGCAAAUUUUUCGAGAUGGGAAUCCGAUGGUGUAUAGUGGUGCCGUAGAUAGAAUAAUUGGUCGACCGCCUCCGAGAACUGGCGAUGUAGUGCUAGUAGCAGACGGAUCAGGAAAGCCGAUUGGGUGGGGUCUUUACAAUUCAGUAUCAAUGUUUUGUGUCAGACUUAUGCAGCUAGAAGAAGAGGCAAAAAGAGAUCCCUCUUGUGCUUUGAACAUGGAAAAACUACUUGAAACAAGAAUUUUUGCUGCGAUUGAUUUACGUCAAAGUUUGGGUCUACCCUCAGCUGACACAAAUGCAUACCGUCUUAUUAACAGUGAAGGGGAUAGACUUUCUGGCUUAAUAGUGGAUAUUUUCGGUGAUGUUGCUGUUAUCGCUUCAUCUGCAGCUUGGGUUGAGAAAUAUAGAAAGGAAAUUGAGUUCCUUGUUGGUAAUGUUAGUGCUGUUAACCAUAUAAAAUGGAGAUCAUCAACUGAUAUUUUGAAAGAAGAGGGCCUGGAUUUAUCGGAACAAAACGACUCUAGUCCAUCUCCAUGCUCAGGGAAAGUGAAGGUAGUAGAGAGUGGCAUUUGUUACUCAGUCUCAUUGGAUGGUCAGAAAACAGGGUUUUAUGCAGAUCAGCGUGAAAAUCGCCACCUCAUUUCCUUACUCUCAAAGGAUCAGAGAGUGCUCGAUCUUUGUUGCUAUAGCGGCGGUUUCGCUCUUAAUGCUGCAAAGGGUGGAGCCACUAAUGUCCUUGGGAUUGAUUCCUCGGUAUCUGCCUUAGAGCUUGCGAAUGAGAAUAUCCUUCUCAAUAAGCAGGAUCCUGAAAGGAUCUCAUUUCUCAAAGAAGAUGCAACCGAGUUCAUGAAAGGUGCUGUAUCCAGAGAUGAAUCAUGGGACAUAGUAAUACUUGAUCCUCCGAAACUGGCACCGCGAAGAAAGGUGCUACAAAGUGCGUCGGGCAUGUACAGGAAUUUGAACUCACUAGCAAUGCAAGUAACAAAGCGAGGUGGGCUACUAAUGACGUGCUCGUGUUCAGGAGCUAUGACUCAAAGUGGUCUGUUCCUGCGAACUCUUCAGGGUGCUGCAUCAAUGGCGGAAAGAAAAAUCACGGUUCUACGUCAAGCUGGGGCAGCCUGUGAUCAUCCUAUCGAUCCGUCGUACCCGGAAGGCCAAUAUCUUAGCAAUUUCUUGCUCAGAGUGAUGUGAGAAAACAUUGUAAACAUAAGAAUCUUUUUUCUCCUUACUAUCUUUUGUUGUAAUUUCUUACUUUGUCCACAGUUGAUUAAAUUUCAUGUUGUGCCAUCAAUUUAGCUUCUUAGUUUACGAUAA